AAGGCCGGUGGCCAACUUCCACUUUCCUUUGGAUAUUUUCACUUUCGAGGCAUCUUGUUCUGAGUCAAGAUUCCUCCUUCUGAACAUGGGACUUUCCAGAAGGACCACAGCUCCUUCUGGGUAUCCACUUGACCCAGGAUGCUCUGGAUUUCGGUCAUUGAAGGAGCGUGCUGGCCCCUCUGGAGGAUGGCCAUGUGGUCCCUGUGGAGUCUGCUUCUCUGGGAAGCUCUCCUUCCCACCGUGGUCUGUGGUGCCCAAGUGCUUGGUCAGGUGGGGGGCUCGGUGCUGCUGCUGGCAGAGCGCCCCCCGGGCUUCCAGGUCCGAGAGGCCAUCUGGAGAUCUCUCUGGCCUUCGGAGCAGCUCGUGGCCACGUUUUUCCGGGGCUCCCGGGAGACUCUGUACCACUCGCGCUUCCUGGGCCGGGCCCAGCUUCACAGCAACCUCAGCCUGGAGCUCCGGCCCCUGGAGCCGGGAGACAGCGGCAACUUCUCCGUGCUGCUGGUGGACAUGGGAGGCCGGGCCCAGACCCGGAUCCUGCAGCUCAAGGUGUACGGUGCUAAAGGUUUCGCUGGGACCAGGAGACAAGAGCGUGGCCUAUUCCUGCAUUGUCUCCAACCCCGUCAGCUGGGACUUGGCCACCGUCACCCCUUGGGAGAGCUGCCAUCGCGAGUCAGCCCCAGGAAAGUCCUCCUACAAGGACAUGCUGCUGGUGGUGGUGCCCGUGUCCCUGCUCCUGACCCUGGCUGGCCUCCUCUCUGCCUGGCACCCCUGCUGCUCAGGGAAAAAGCAGAAGGACCGCUGCACCGACCGAAGAGCUCCAGAGACAGAGACCCCCCUGGUGUAAGGUCUGCGGUGGAGGAGGAUAUAAACUGUUGGCUGGACCAUCAGGAAGGACCUGGUGCUCCGGGACAUGGCCGAUGUCUGGGAAUGACCGUGGUCCUCCUGCCUCUGGUGGCACUCCUGUCCCAGCUCCAGGAGCAGCCCGGGAAGCCCUGGCACUGAGAGCCACCGCACAGAAAACACUGGCACAGCCUUCCACAGCCCCUCCUCCCACCACCGUGACCCUCUGCUCCUUGUGUGUCCUGGCUCCGCUCGGGGCAAGAUCUCAGAGCAUCCCCUCCUUCACCCCUGUCUAUUUUGAGAUCUUAAGAUAAGCCUUCAGGGAACAUCAGGGUCUCAGACGACAGGGGUGAGGCUGGGGCCAGAGCUGGGAAUGGGUGAUUUGGAGUUUUUCUGUUAGUUCAGAUGUCUGUCUAAUACCUUUUAGAAUCUGGGACCCAAAGAGGUGGUGGUGAUGGUGGAGGACACUUAUGGGGAAGAGCACUGGGUGUUGUAUGGAAACCAAUUUGACA